CAGUAAAUUUGACAAAUAAAUGUUCUAAUUUUUGAACUAAGGCCCUGAAACACUCGAAAAAUAAAAUUAAAGUGUUUUCCUGUAUUAUUUCAAAGUUUUAAUUUAGUAAUUUUGUUUAGUUUCUACAACAAACAUUAAAACGUGUAGCAAGUGGUUGCCGGCUAAGUUCGCCAAUCAGAUACUCCGUUACAAUUUUUCCGCAUCAUUGAUUCUCAGAAAAUGUCUUCGUUGGUGGCUGAUUAUGGUACUGACAGUGAUUCAGAUGGCAAUCCUGAGACCGAUUCUCAAGAGACUAAAGUGCAGUGCGAAGACUUGGCAAGCUCUCGUACACAGAAUUACUUGAUCUCCAAUGACAACACUGACAGUUCUGAAAAUGAAGAAGAUGAACACGCUGCUUCCGAAACUAAAAAAGAAAAGUUACCAAAUCCUUUGACUGAAAAGCUGCCAGCACCAGACCUUGGUAGUGAUUCUAGUUCAGUCAAUAGUAAAUUGGCAGAAGGACCUGGUUCUGUGUUUGCUAAUCCAUUUGAAACAGCAGAAAUGGCAAAACAAUCUAUUCUUGAAAAACACGUUAAAAUGACUGAAGCCCAGUUACUUACUGGAAAGAAAGCGAAAAUCUGUAAAGCUUUCAAACAAGGGCGAUGUCGUUUCGGAAAGAAUUGCAAAUUUUCCCAUGAUUUAGAUGCAAAUUUAUCCUUACGAUACAAACAAGAUGAAAUUGUACAGGAUAAUCCAGAGAAGUUACCAGAAACAGAAAAAUCCAAAAUUCCAAAAUAUCUCCGUUUGCCACCUCCCCCACAGCAGCAAGGAUUUAUGGGAACAGUUAAUACUUUGCACUCCGGACCGAAACAUGUGUCAACACAUCAACAACGUGUCCAUUAUGUGCAACAGCAGAAGUAUAUGAAUACUGCUGAUGUUGAAGAUGAUGAUAAAUUUAAUGCUGGUGACAAGAGAAAAAAGCGUGUAGGUUUGUCCCAGUCAUUGGUACCGCCAAAAAAGGCGAUGUCAUCAUUAACAAAACAGAGACUAGAAGAACGGCCUUGGACAUUGAACAAGAAACAAUGAAGGAAAACAAUAUUUAAUAAUUUGAUACAGUGUCUUAAUGAAAACAAUUGUUUUAAAUUUAAGUCAGUUCUUUCUCUUGUACAAUGUAUUAUAAGCUGAUACUAAGAAAAAAGCUAAAUUAAUAGGUGUCAAAAAUACAUAAACUUGUUUAACAUGCCACCAUAUUUUCUUUAAUACUAUUGAAGAAGUUCUUAAAUUCAUAUAUUAUUUAGUCUAGAGAUUGUAACUUCUGUUAGAGAGAUAGGCGGCAAGUGAUUCUGCCUUUGCGACCAGUGCAGGCUGAUCAUGGUCUGCACUGUUCGCUCUUCAGUCAGUAAAUUUUCAAUGAAAACCCCUUUGAAUAAUAAAUGGUAUUGCCCAAAUUGAAUGAUGGACCAGUCCAUUUUAGAAAUUUAGCAGGUUAAGCGUUAAUUCCACAAUUGAUGCUACCAUUGAAUCCAUGAAAAUGAGUCCCAAACAAAAAUAACUGAUAUCAUGAUAGGUAGAUCAUUUUAAACAAGAUAUUUUUAGCUGUGACAUCAUAAUUGUAGUUUGACUUUCAUGCAUUAAUAUUCAGUAAUAACUGCAGUGUUAGAAAUAAACAUAUGCUCGCUUCUAAGAAAAGGUAAUUGGAUGAUUUUAAGUUAGUUUGGGUAAGUUAAGUCAAACUUAUAUUUAAACAAAAUUUAAUUGACCUUUAGCCUGCUGUCGGCAAGUGAUUUUGCCUUUGCGACCAGUGCAGACCAAGAUCAGCCUGCACAUCCGUGCAGGCUGAUCAUGGCCUGCUCUGUUUGCUAUUCAGUCAGUAAAUUUUCAGUGAACACUCCUUAAAAUAAUAAAUGGUAUUGCUCAAAUUGAAUGAUAGACCAGUCCAUUUUAGAAAUUUAGCAGUUUUGCAUUCAACUAACUAUCUAGUUGUAUCUUAGUUACAGCUAUAUACAUUAGAUUGAAACUUCACACAAUGCCCUCAGUCAUCAGAGCUAUAGAAGUAACCAAGUUGGAUAACUCUUUAAUUGAAUUUAAUAUAAAUUAUGGAAUUUUUUCAUGUCAUUAAGGUUUUGCACUAAUCAGUCUGUAUAUCAGUUACAAAUGAGCCGCACCAUGAGAAAACCAACAUAGUGCAUUUGCGACCAGCAUGAAUCCAGACCAGCCUGUGCAUCUGCACAGUCUGGUCAGGAUCCAUGCUGUUCGCUUUCAAAGCCUGUUGUAAUUAGAGAAACCUUCAGCGAACAGCACGGAUCCUGACCAGACUGUGCGGAUGCGCUAUCUUUAAGUAACAACUACAUACCUUGGAUUGAAACAAGGCAUUCUACUCAUCAGUUAUACAUACAUAAUAAAGUUAGAUAACUCUUGGUUGAAACUCUGGCCCUUUUUAGACUUAAAAAAUGUGGUAAAUUUUUUACAUGCAACUUCUGGUCCAGCUGUAUUUCAGUACUUGGCCUAGCUAUAUUGGACUGAAACUUCACACAAGGUAUCUUUCUCAAUUCAUGUACCAAGCUGAAAAAAUGUCUUUUAUUUGACCUAGAAAAUUUGGAGGAAGUUUUACAUGCAAGUUGUUAUCAUUGCCAUACUAAAUUUUACGUAAGUUGUAAUAAAUUGUGUUACGUAAACCUU